AUGUCGUCGCAACGCAAGAACGGUGACGGGAGAAGACGACGGACGGAGACAGAACCCAGGGAACUCAGGGAACCCAGGCCCGUUAUCGUGACUCGUGAGCAAGACGGCAAAAAGAAUGUGGUUGAAGGCGGGACUAACGAUGUUGUUGUUCCGGUUAAGGGGUUCAAUCCCAAGGCCAAAGGCGGAUGGGGAUGGGACGGGGGGCUUAGUUUCGUCGAGGAAAAAAGACCCCCUGGAUCCAAGACCACUCCGCGCAUGUCCGAUCAAAGAAUUCAGCAGGACACGGUCAUACGAAGGACAGCCACCGCCUGCAAUCUGACACCGCUCAGCCCAGAUCUGCUUCGCUUUGUCUUUAAUGUCAGCUCCAGUGCUGAGAUCCACCACUACGGGAGGAGACUCAAUGAUCGAUUCCUGAGCCAAGGGUUCAGCAAGGCCCAAGUGGCGGGGGGUGAGCUGAUGUCGCCCCCGCCACAUACUGCGUGGGAAGCCAACGGUCUGCCAUUGCAAUGGACUCCGGUGCGGUUGAUUUUGACGGUUGUGUCGACUCGAGCAAUCUGUUCGAUGGCCGACCAUAAUCAAUCGCAUCCGUUCACGUCGGUGGACUGGAGAGAAUGCCGACAUUGCCCAGGAUACAAUCUCUUGACCCGCGGCAAGGCAGAUCAGGGGCAUGCCGCAGCCGUCAACAAGGAGCAGGCCGCACCUAUCUGA